UCUCAAAAAAUUCUACUACUUGCUGAUAACAAAAAAUAAAAUAUUUGAAAAUUUCUACAUAAAUAAUAAUCAUUAACAAUAAUUAGUAGAAAAUAAUUAUUAUAGCUUAUAAUAAGCUAAGAGGAAACAAAAUCAAUAAACAAAAAGAUUUUGGAGCGGAAUCUCGAAUUAAAUAAUCGGAACUUUUCAUUAAAAAAAAAUAAAUAAUGGAAAAUAACUCGUGCUCUCAAUAAAUAAAUACAAAUUCUAAGAAACAUAAUUCAAAACAAGGUUAAAUUGCCAAUUUAGAAGAAAAGAAAACUUUUACAAUGAUAAUUUUGUUGAUCAUCAAACAACAAAGUAAAGCUGAGCUGAAAAUUGAUACAUCAUAGUCUAAUAAUAAAUUUUGCUGAAUUAUCAAAAUAUUUACAAAUAAAUACAAUCUACUUUCUCGAAAAUAAUUAAUAUUUAAUUUCAUCAUCGAACAAGAAGUACAAAACUAAAGAUUAAAUAAACUGUGGAGAAAUUUGAAUAGAUUUCGAUCAAUAUUUAAUAUUGAGUGACUUAAAAUUUGUUGUGAAAAACAAAGCAUUGAACAGUAUUGUAAACUUAAACUUAAUUUUAUACAUUAAUUUAUUAUCAAAAACUGCUUAAGAAUGGCGCUGGAUUUCGUCGCAGGAUGCAUAGGAGGUUGCGCUGGCGUGCUCGUUGGUCAUCCAUUUGACACUGUUAAAGUCCAUUUACAGACACAAGAUCCCCGUAAUCCGAGAUACCGCGGGACUUUUGAUUGUUUGAGGACAAUUGUUGCAAAAGAAUCGUUACGUGGCUUGUAUAAAGGCAUUGGGUCGCCGAUUGCUGGCGUUGCGUUCGUUAAUGGGAUCGUUUUUGGCGUUUACGGGAACGUACAAAAGAAUUACACAAACCCGGAUUCACUAAAUGCGCAUUUUAUGGCGGGAUGUGCGGCAGGCGUUGCACAAAGUGUGGUCUGUUCGCCAAUGGAACUCGUAAAAACGCGGUUACAGUUGCAGGACAACAUCAAAGGCAUUGAAAAGACAAAAGGACCGAUUGAUUGUAUGAUGCACAUUUGGAAAAAUAAGGGAACGAGAGGGAUUUUCAAGGGUUUAGGCAUUACAGCAGCGAGAGAUUUGCCCGGAUUUUCGAGUUAUUUUGUCGCUUACGAGCUCAUGGUGCAAGAGAAACACGCCUCAUCAGCCCAUAUUUUGAUGGCUGGAGGUCUCGCGGGAGUUUUUUCAUGGCUCGUGUCCUUCCCCAUUGACGUUAUCAAGACACGCAUGCAAGUUGAUGGCUUUAAUGCGACAACGCAGUACAAAAGUUAUUGGGAUUGCUUGCAAAAAAGUUACAAAUCUGAGGGAUGGCGACUUUUUACGCGCGGUUUAGGCUCAACACUCAUUCGGGCCUUCCCCAUGAACGCUGUUUGCUUCCUCGUUGUCACCUGGAUCAUGAAAUUGAACGUUAAUAUGAACACUGCGGUUGAAGUUGAAGCUCGUCAUCAUGUGCCGAACCACAAAGAAGAGUUAAAAAUGACUGCAGGACGCCCUUCGAAGAUUUUGCGACUGAAACGCGACGACGAUCUCGAUUACAUCAGUCGGAUCAAGUCAAAUACGAUAAGAGGCUUGACGCUAAUGGGCGCUUUUCACGAAGAUUCCAUUCAUAAUGCGGAAAUUGUGGAGAUGGCACAUCAUUGGGACACGGGAAGCUUCUAUGACACCGAAAACGUUUUGGAUUUCGGUAAAAUCCUCGCAGAGAAAAAAGACCACGACAGAAAAUUUGAAGAUGCCAUUGUGCUACUUAGUGAUUAGCGAUAUUUUUAUAUUAGAAUAUAUUAAAUUUUGUAAGGUGCCAAGCUUUAAUUUUAUUUUUAUGAUUUUUUUACUUGGUAAGAUAAGACGGAAAUAAAAAUAUCACGAUCAUCAGGGAUGCAAAUUCAGGUUUUUUUUCCAUAAAUUACAGGAAAUGUUCCGCAAAGUCAUCCUUCAACCCUUAACGUGAUCGUUACCGUGCAUAACAUUCUUCAGAAAAGUCGACUCGCAAUUAAAGCGGUCAAAGAUCAGUUUGAAACGCGUCGAUGAUAAGGGAGGAAGAACAAGAAAUUUUAUGUCGCUUUUUCUAUUUUCUCACUUUUUACGACUUGAUGACUAUCAUAGUAGUCUCAAGGGCAGGCAAGUUCAAAUUAGGUUGAAAUUUUAUGAAAUUUAAGAAAAAAA